CUCAGCCUACCGCAAAUUAAGUAGGAGAGAAGAAGACCAAAGAACGUUGGGGUUGUAUGUUGUGUUUUGUUAACAGGUUGCAGUAGGUUAGAGUUGUCUCAAUUUGAAGAAUGGCAACCCCGGUGCCCGUGCUUCGUCUGCCGAAAGGUCCCGACCCUCACAGCCGCGGCUUCGACCCUGCAUCUCCUCGCUACAUCGCUCUGUGCAACACGUCCAUCACUUCUUCCUCGUCGUCACACGCAGACCCGGAAGAGCUGAAGCGCGAGCAGCUCGCGCGCUCACAAUUGCGAGAGCGCUUCCUCAGGUGUCUGAUGGCCACGCGCAACAAGAAGGUGAGCUUACACAUGCACGGCGACGUGACCGUGGACGCCACGUUCGGCUGCUGCGACAUCGACGUGCUCAACUUGCAGGUGUCCGACCUACACACUCCCAUCGGUGUGCAGAAGGAGGCACUCAUCAGAUGCCAGGACGUCGUGUCGUACACCUUUGAGUUGUGAAGACUCCCCCCCCCCCCACACACACACACAUAUCAGACGGACUUGUUCACAUCAAGAUCAACCUCCGUUUUGUGAGAAGUUUAAUUUAAGCCUUGUUUGACACUUCAGCAGGCUAAAAGCACAACCUCCUUUCGGACACAAGAUGGCGCCCUAGGCUCAUGUUUUACCUAUAGACGUUAAGUCUAGACAGCAGAAAGCAUGUUACUUUUUGUCAGUUGAAUUUUUGCAUAGAGCUUUUGUAUUGUACAUGUGCCUAAACAGGAUCUACCCAGUGUAUAUACGUCAGUAUUUCACAGCCAUUUUUGAGCCAAGGCAAAUAAAUGAGGAUAACUCAUGGCACACCGCGAACCAAAAAUCCCAGAAAAAGUGCUUACAUCGAUUAUUUAUGUACCCUCUAAUUGACUUGUUCUGUCGCUGUAAAUGGCCAGCAAUUGAACACAGAUCCUGUACCUUAUUU